GAUCGUCUUAGACCUUGACUGCACAAUGCCAGGCGUACUAAAAGAAUUUAACUACGUUAUGAACGCGGCCAACUCCAUGAUUUGUCCGAAGGGCGAUUUCACGGCAGACCAGAUUCCUGACUUGAGCGGACGCAUCGCAAUAGUGACCGGCGGAAAUACUGGCAUAGGUAAAGAGACGAUCAAGGUGCUCCUUCAGCGAAAUGUGAAAGUGUACUUGGGCGCGAGAAGUAAACUGAAGGCGGAGCUGGCAAUUCAAGAGCUGAAAGAACAGACUGGAAGAGAGGCUAUAUUCCUCGAGCUUGACCUGGGUAACCUUGCCUCUGUACGGAAGACGGCUGAAGAAUAUAUGAGCAAGGAGUCGGAGCUGCACAUUUUGUUCAACAAUGCCGGCGUGAUGACGCCUCCGAAGGAAAUGCUCACUGACGAUAGUUAUGACCUCCAGUUCGGGACCAACGUCAUAGGCCCAUUCUUGUUCACUCAGCUGCUCAUGCCCGCGCUCCUUGCCGGGAAGGCGUCGUCACCCGAUGAGCAUGCCCGGAUCGUUAUGACCUCAUCCUCAGCUGCGCUGGUGUAUACUCUCAAUUUCGACUCUUUCAAGGACGGGCCUGCCAGGCGAAAAAUGAGUACUGAGCAGCUCUACCAGCAGAGCAAAUUUGCUGAUGCUGUACUGGGCCGUCAGUUUGCGAACAAAUAUAAGGGUCAGGGCAUCAUAUCAUUUUCUGCUGAUCCUGGUCUCAUUCAAACGGAUCUGCAGCGGCACAUGCCGUCCAUGCAGCGCAGAAUUAUCGGCGCCAUGCUUCGUCCUGCGCCAAUGGGUGCGCUAACUCAGCUCUGGGCGGGGACCAUGCCGGAGGCGUUGGAACAUAACGGCGAGUACUUGAUCCCAUGGGCCAGGAUUGGCAGGUGCAGAGAGGAAGCUUAUGACGAUGAGCUGGGAAAUCGCUUGUGGAACUGGCUUGUGGAGGAAACGAAAGAGAGAUAAGCUGGCUCUGUCUUUAUUGGUAACGAUAUGUCAGUGUAGCUGUGCCAUUUCUUGCAUAACUUCUGACACAU